AUGACCGAGCCUGACGUUCUCUACACGGACUUGGCUUUUGUCAAAUCACGGGGAAAUGCUGGAAAGGGUGCCAAGUUGACGUGGUCAAAGUUCACAACCGAAAGAAAGGCCUUGGUGGCUUUUGGCGUUCUUCUGAUCUCAGCGCUUGUAGCCCUUUGUUGGGUCGCGUACCAAAACGUUCAGCUCAAGAAGAACCACCAACAGCUGUUGUCUGAUCACGAUGAGUUGAAAAACAGUUGGCCUGCCACCCAGGAGAGUAUCUGCAGGAGAUGUGAGACUAACUGGGAACUCGAAGGAGAAAGCUGCUACUAUUUCUCAGAAAUCUAUUUAACUUGGGAGAGCAGCCGAAGAUUUUGCCAGCGUGAAACCGCUGACCUGGUGAAGAUUGACACUUACAACGAGCAGAGGUUUUUGCAACUGAGACUGAAGGACAUAAUGUCCUCUCCAGAGGAUAAGUUCUGGAUCGGCCUGUCAGACUCCCAGCAGGAGGGUCAAUGGCUGUGGGUGGACGGGUCCCGUCUGGAUUCAAGCUUCAAAUUCUGGGGCCGGAAUCAGCCUGACAAUUAUCAGCCCGAUAAAGGCGGCGAGGACUGCGUCCGCAUAGGUGAGAGGUACAGCUCUGACAACUUCAACAACUGGUUCGACCAACCUUGUGAGGUUCCGCACAGGUGGAUAUGCGAGAAGGCGGCGCAGAGAGGAUCGGCACGUUGCGUUCUCUAA